AUGUUCAAUGAGAGGAACCAACCGUUCAACACUACCGACUCUGCGUAUGUGCAAUCGCAACUCAAGGCGGCUGGAAUACACGGCGGAGCUUACGUCAAGCCAUUCGGGGUCAAUCUAACAAAGGCGUUUUCUCUUUUUGAAGACUCUAUUAACGAAUAUCUUGCCACAAAUAUGGUCAAUCUGACUAAUGGCUGGGAAACCAAUACGCCACAGGGUCUGUACGAAUCGGAAUACGAAGACCGAGCAGUCAUGGGCAAAAUUGGCUACUUGGAACAGACCAUCGACCAGGCUCUGUAUCCCGUCCGCGGUACGGAAACGAUGAACUUGACCAACGACCAGUCCUACAUUUACACGUUCAACUCUAAGCCCCCUGUGCAGUCCUUUGGUUUCUGGAGCUUGACGCUCUACGAUGCUACGGGGACUCUAGUGGAGAACCCAGAAGACAAGUAUACUGAUUAUGCGACCUCGGACGAUGGGAUAUUUCAGAUUCUUGUGCAGCCUUAUAGCAACCCGCCUCCUUCCAACUGGACUAAUAACUGGCUGCCGGCUCCUGCAGGCGCCUUGUUUUCUGUCAUGUUGCGCUUGUAUGGUCCAACAGAAGACUUCCAGAAUGGUAAAUGGGAGUAUCCUGUGAUUAUAAAGGGGGAUGCAUUCGUUGCUUAA